UUUUUUGUUAUAUAUCUAUGUAUCUGCAUAAUUACUUUUUUUUGUACUUAUUUCCUUACGAUGGUUUAUGACUGACCAAUAUUUUUAUUUUCUUUAUAGGAUUUUGGAGUGGUUCAUCUGUGCUAUACCCAUAUGAUAAAAAUAAUUUAGAAUUACGUACCCAUUCAGGAUUUAUUGCAGCGGCUAAAUCAGCCGAGAAACAAUCAACAGAAAAACGAGUUGCAAAUGUAGAAGGUAUAGCUUGCCUACCUACAUUACAUGCAUCACAUUGGACAAUUUACUGUUUGCUUGUUAAAUUAUUGCAUGCACCACAAUCAUCUGAAGAGAUAGAUUUUGCUGAAAAAUUAAUUAAUUAUUAUUGUCGUACAAUUGUUGAUGUUUAUGAUAAAUCAUUAGAAUUAUUUUCGUUACAUGCACAUCUCCAUUUACCCGGUCAAGUACGACUACAUGGUGGUUUAUCAACAUCAUCAGCAUUUACAUUUGAGUCUUGUAUUCGAUAUUUAAAAAGUAAGGUGCAUGGUACAAAAUAUCUGGCUACACAAAUAGCUUAUUGGUAUGAUAUUGAAACCAUCGUCAAAACUACAACAUUUGAAGUAACAGCACCAUGUGGUGUUAAUGCAAUUAAUAUUUUUAAUGAAAAAAUGAAUCAUUAUCGUAAAAUAAUAGUUACUCUUCUUCGUACUCAUCAACAAGAUUUAAACCAAAUUAUAUUUUACACACGUUAUAAGAAACGCUUUUUAACUUUCCAUACAGUACUUUAUGAUAAACCAUAUAAAUGUCGUAGUUACAUCGUAUCAUACAUUAAUAAUAGUAGUGAUUAUGACGCGCUCAAUUAUGCAAAUAUAAUUGUAUUUUAUAAAUAUCACAAUGAUUAUUUUGCACUUAUACAAAAAUAUCAUUUUUCACGAAAAAAGCUCUCGCAUUACGUAGAAUUACCUGUAGAAAUAUGUCAACAAGUGGAUAAAUUAUUUCCAUUACUUGAACUGUCGGAUGAUUAUAACAUUAUUCCUGUAGCAAUGGUUCACCAUCAAUGUAUAAUGGUAGAAUUUGAAGAUGUUUGUUGUUUAUCAGAAUUAAGAAUUGAUUCUGAACAUGAUUAA